CUCCAGAAGUUUCAGCAGAAGGCUCUGAAGCAAACUAAGCAGAAGAAAUCCAAGUCGGCUGAAUUUCUGAUGGUUAAAGAAGCUAGAGGAGCUACGGAAGGCACUGGAAAUCCAGCUUUUAACAUGAGCAGCCCAGAUCUCUCAGCACAUCAGACUUCAGAAAAGAAGGUUAUUAGACAUGACAUGCUGGAUCGCACCCUUGCAGCUCACCAACAAAAAUUCAGGCUGCUGGCCUCUGCUGAACCAAAAGGAAAUGAAUACAGCAGAAAUUACUUUGACCCACUGACGGAUGAGGAAAUAUACCCAAGGCAGUAUGGGAUGGAGGUCAGCGGAGAGGUUGAUAAUAGAAUUCUCUAUGAUCGAUUAACAGAGCUGUUUCAUGAGAAUGGGCAAGGAGGAUCCCAAGAUGAGAGCAUCGUGGAGGAGACUUUGGGUUCUGAAGAGCUGGUGAGUUCUGGUAAGAUUCUUGGACUCUACAAAGAGGACGGUGAAGCCACCUCUGCUUACAGCGAGGAGACUGAAAGAUACGCCCAGAAAGACAUAAUUCUGCCUGGAAGUUCUUCACUGGAACAGAGUCGGUCACCUCAGCCUCUUCAAAUACAGAUGAAAUGCAUAAGGGGUCUCAAGAACAAGGCUCCCCAAGGCUCCUACUUCCUCAGAGUGUCCCUGCUCGGUCGACCAGGUGGCCGUGUCUUGCCGUGGUGCCUGACGGAGCAGCUGAAGACCAGAACACACCCAGUGAGGCAUGAUGGAAAUUUUUAUGAUGUGGGGCUGUAUUUCCACGAACGCCUUUAUGUGGUACUCCCGUCUAAGAAGGAUGUGAAACCUGGUGCCGCUUUCUUGUUUGAACUCAUUCUCCAUCGUGGGAAAUAUGCUUGUCUCCACCAAGUUGUGGGCUGGACAACUUUCCCUUUGUAUGAUAGCAGUUUGGAUGUAGUGGAGGGAAAAUUCAAGUGUCCACUUCUCCGAGGACAUUAUGACCAGAAACUCGACAACUUCAGGAAAAUUGAAGAUUUGAUUUGCUUGGACCUGGACCACUGGCUGUGCAGUCUCUACUUUCAGGUAAUUAAACUUCCUCUACAUUUGGAUGAUCAAGAAAACCAUGAAAGGUGUAUUCAGCUUCCCCCUGAAUUUCCAGUUUGUUUAAUGGCUGAAGCAGAGGAAGCAGAAUCAGGUGUCGAUAACACAGCUGGCCUUUCAGAGAAAGAAACAGAGAAAAACAUUUGUGCCUCAAGGGGUGAUGAAGCUAAAUCCUCAUCACUCUUGUCUCAAGGAAGCAUUUCUAAUAAAAUUGGUCCCUGCCCUAUGGACCGUGAUCUCAAUCUCUCAAAAGAAGACCAUGAAUUACACAAUAAGGAAAAAUCAACUGCUUGGAAAACUGGAGAAAUUGAAGAUUAUUCUCAGGAUACAUCUUAUUUGGAGGAACUGGAGAAACACAGAUUUUCAGUUUGCUGUUCUUCAGUAGCUGAUAGUACUGGAUCUGGAGAAUUCUUCAAGCAUCUCUAUUUUGUGCUGGCGUCAGUGUUUUCAGAACUUCAGUUCGCUCAAUGGCAAAGCCAGGGCUUCUGGUACAUUAUCUUGCUGAUGGCUUCUCUCUGGUUCCUGAGGCUCUACCUGCAUUACCUCAGCCAGUGGCUUUUCCUCCAGGCCAUUUCAAUUCCUGUUACAAAAUUCCAUUUUUCCCCCCUCGCGGUUGAGCUCUGCUACCCAAGCUCUUUACUUCGCAUCGGAGAAGAGUUGCUUCUUGUUGUGAUGGGGCCUUUAAUGCUGAACGCAGUGGUACUUCCCUUGGUUCUGAUCAGAUGGGGCUGUCAGGUACUGUUUGCCUUCUGCCCUGAUGUCCUGUCAAAGUUAAUCAUCACCAUGGGACUAUGGACAGUUCUGGACCCACUGGCAGUGUUUAUUGUGGAUACUACCCUGGGGCGGCUUUCACAUGACGGGGAGGCUCCUGUAGCUGAUGCAGCAAAGCUGUACUGGAUGUUUGAAAAAACCAUGCAAUCAGGAAUCCUUGGUGUGGUGCUCACGGUGCUACUUUACGUGCUCCUGUUCAUCAUUUCAUCUUUGAUUUUAUAUUUGUAUUGUCUCAGAUUGCACAAUGAUUCCUGGAUAUUAGACGCAUUCCAGCGCAUCCACAGUGAAGAAACCAAGUUUUUUAUACCAUAUGAUUUGGAGAUUUCCAAUCAGGAACUAAGCUAUAUAGUAAAAAGAUCUGAGCAAUGGAGAGGACUCAAUGGUGAGAGAAGGAAGGUGUUUGGUGAUAUCAGUGGCUUAAAGUUUAUCCCCAGUGAAGUGGUCACGGCUAUUCAGGAGCAUCUAAGCGAAAUGGACAGUACACUGGAAGACUCCUCAGAUAUUAAAUCAAGAGGAUUGAAAAGAAUCCAUUAA